AUGCUUCCGGCGUUGUUCGGUAAUGAUGGGCCUUCGGAACUGAGCACUAAUGCAUCUGGUUCUGCCGAAUCACAACGUCGUCGGCGACCAAGAAUACCGAUAUCUGCUCCGCUCGAAAUUCCAGAAUUUCCAAAGAAAGCUAAAGAUCCCAGAGCAGACAUUAAACGAUUCCGCUCUGAUUACGCGAAUAAAUUUGCCAUCGGGAGUAGACAUACAGUGGAAUUUUUCAAUGGAUCCUUCGAUGAUGCUCAAAAGGAAUCGAGAAAUGCGAUACGGCUGAUGCUCGUCUUCUUUCACGAUCCUACCAGUGAGGACUCGAAAAGAUUUAUUCACGAAUCGAUUAAUUCCAUAGAAUUUGGCGAACUCAUUUCACGUAAUCAGCUCAUCGUUUGGGGAGUAGCAAAAGAUUCGGAAGAAGGAAAAUAUGGUACUGUUUAUAAACUUGGCUAA